AUGGAUUGGUUUGGUCGACCGCUCUUUUGUGGUGCUACUGCUGGAUUGGUUGUAGACUUAACAUUAUAUCCACUGGAUACUAUAAAGACUAGAUUGCAAAGUUCUGAGGGAUUUGCUGCUGCAGGUGGACUGCGAAAUAUCUAUCGCGGUAUGGGAUCGGUGGUUAUUGGUUCUGCGCCGAGUGCAGCACUGUUCUUUUCUACAUAUAAUACGCUAAAGCGAUUAGGCGGCAAAGAAUCAGUAGCUGUGAACGCAAGUGCAGCUAGUUUCUCAGAAGUUAUUGCUUGCAUUGUACGCGUACCUACCGAACUAGUGAAACAACGUGCGCAGGCAAAGCAUGUCCAUCAUUUGGGCACAAUUUGUCGAAUGAUUUAUAAUCGAAGUGGAUUCAUUGGAUUCUAUCAGGGUUUCUUCAGUACUGUGUUCCGGGAAAUCCCAUUUUCGCUCAUCGAAUUCCCUCUUUGGGAAUUUUUAAAGCAAGAAGUAGCAAGGAUUCGAAGAAGGCAGUGCACACCAUUAGAAUCAGCAGCAUGUGGUAGUGUAUCGGGAAGUAUAGCUGCAGCUAUGACAACACCUUUUGAUGUGGUGAAAACACGGAUAAUGUUGAGUGAAAACUCUUCACGACCAGGGAUAGCGACAACAUUGGCAAAAAUAUGGACAACUUCUGGAUACCGAGGACUCUAUGCUGGUGUCUUACCUCGUUCCGUUUGGAUGGGUAUCGGCGGCUUCGUUUUUUUUGGUGCUUAUGAGGCGGCUAUGCUGCUUACCGGAAACUUAUUUUUCUAA